GCCUCGUUGAGAGUUUCCGUCGAGUUGUGUUGAUGUGGCUGGAUUCCAGAGUCUGCUGCUGCAGUUGAACUGUAAACAAACUUCAUGGAUAACUCCAGUAAAGAAAAAGAGGCUAUGGCUCUCAUGGCAGAGGCCGAGAAGAAAGUGAAAUCCUCGCAGUCGUUCUUUGGCUCUCUGUUUGGGGGCUCUUCAAAGAUGGAGGAUGCCUGUGACAUGUAUGGAAGAGCAGCAAACAUGUUCAAGAUGGCCAAAAACUGGAGCGCUGCAGGUAAUGCCUUCUCCCAGGCAGCUCUUCUACACCUGCAGAUGCAGAGUAAACAUGAUGCAGCCACAAACUUCAUUGAUGCCGGCAAUGCCUUUAGAAAAUCAGAUCCCCAGGAGGCCAUAAACUGCCUGAACCGGGCCAUUGAGAUCUAUACAGACAUGGGUCGAUUUACAAUCGCAGCAAAACACCACGUCACCAUUGCCGAGAUAUACGAGAGCGAACUUGUUGACAUUGACAAGGCCAUUGCUCACUAUGAACAGGCAGCAGACUAUUAUAAAGGCGAGGAGUCCACCAGUUCGGCCAACAAGUGUCUUCUCAAAGUUGCCACAUAUGCAGCUCAGCUGGAGCAGUACCCCAAAGCAAUUGAGAUCUAUGAACAGGUUGCAACACAUGCAAUGGACAGCAAUCUGCUGAAAUACAGUGCAAAGGACUAUUUCUUUAAGGCAGCUCUAUGCCACUUCUGUGUGGACAUGCUUAAUGCUAAGCUUGCCCUCCAGAAGUAUGAGGAAAUGUUUCCAGCUUUUUCAGAUUCACGUGAAUGCAAAUUAGUGAAGAAACUUUUAGAGGCCUUUGAAGAACAGAAUGUGGACACAUACACUGACGCUGUGAAAGAAUAUGACACCAUCUCUCGACUGGAUCAGUGGCUCACCACCAUGCUGCUGCGUAUCAAGAAAACUAUACAAGAUGAAGAAAGUGACCUUCGCUAAUACCUUCUUCCUUUCCUGUGGCCCAUCUCCUGUCCAUUACGCUCACUCUCCCUCAUGCCUUAAACACUAUGACCCUCUGUGACUGCAGAAUGAUGGUCAAUUAUCACCAUCGUACUCUCUAUUUUACCACCAGCUCGUUGUCUUAAAGGGAUAGUUCACCCAAAAAUGAAAAUUCUGUAAUCAUUUAGUUCCAACCGCAUAAGUUUCUUUUAUCCACAGAUCACAAAAGUAGUUGUUAGGGAGAGUCUUAACCUCGGUCACUAUUAAAAUGAACUAAAUAAGGGUGAUUUAAUCAUGACAGCAUUUUCAUUUUUGGGUGAACUAUCACUUUAAAUUCUGUGUUUCUUCUCAGACCCCUCUCUCUCUCACACACAUACACACACAUGACACUGCAUGCUGCUCAGACAUGGACACGGUUAUACUGCCAGACCUCAAAGAACACUCAAUGAAGAAAGGCUGGUUGUUGAAAAUGGGAUUUGAGGGAGCAUUGGGUGGGAACUGAAACCAGCAACCAGUAAUAAUAUGGGGUGCUGUGCACACCAGGCUUCAGAAGAGAAGCCAGUGCCUUUUUUGCUCUGCUUGACACAGAGCACCUGUAUUGCUGUGCACAAAAAGCCUUUGUUAUUCUAUCAUGCUCUUUAGUAAAGGCAUAUAUUUGUAUUCUUAUCAGAAAUAUUACCUAGCAUAUUUUGCUUGCUGUUUCCUGCAUAGACUAACCUUGGGAAAAUAUUUGAAAUUCUCAUGUCUUUUUUUUUUUGUUGUUUUUUUGUGUUUUUUUUUACAUUAUUUUGAAAUAAUCAUAGAAAUGAUAGAAAAACUGAGUAAAAGGAUGAUUCAGUCCAUACCUUGUUGAAAUGAUGCUUCACCUUUGAACAUUUCUCAUGAUUGGGUUAUCAAAUGCUUUUAAUUCCUUCUUAAUUAUUUAAUUAUUUAAUGUCUUGCUAUGAAUGCAUGGUCCUCUUUGAAAUUAAAUUCUGAACUACUCUAGGCUUAUUAGAGUGGUUAGUUUCUUAUUAAAAGUAUAUGCUCCAUGA